AUGGUCGCCAUGCUUGCUACUACGGAAAAGAUUGUUCGUGCCAUUAGUCGUGGUCAGGUCUGUGGACUUUUCAUCUUAAAAGUCUGUCCGCUGCGCGAUGAUGAACUGUGCAAAAAUCUUGAGUCCGGUCUAACAGCAAGCUACACAACCUCCCUCGAUCUGCUCACAGAGUCGGAAGUCCUCUUCUCGACGGACACGGCAAAGCACACACUGGAAGCCAUUCUAAAUCCGCGGAAACCCCCUGGCAGCGUAUCAACUUUCAGUGAACAAGAAGACGAACUUCUCCGUGAUGUCGAAGCCUGCGAGACCAGACGCAAAAUAAAUGCAGAUGACGGUAUGAUAGGCAUGCUACAUACUUUGAAUACCUCAAUAGCGGGCAUGGAUGAAGACAUCCAGCAUCUGCUUCAGAAUGCAAACGAACAUGAGUGCAUCGAGAUGCUGGAAUAG